UGAACAGAGAAAAGAGGCAGGGCAGGGACAGAGAGACACAACGGGGCUUCUUGCCGCUCUCAGCCGAGGAGUGACUCUUGUUUAGUGCGCAGUCAGCCUGUGGUGGAGAUACACACUGCGUACAUCAUUCUUCACCGUAUUUAUUUAUCGGCUUGGGGGUCGUCUUCUCGAUCAAAGUCGCUCUCGCUGAGGACUGCAGCAGCCGCUCGGAGGAAAACACUUAUUUCUACAGGACCUCCGCGCGGAAGACGAGCACGAGGGUCCGCCGAGGGAUCCAAAACUCCUGAUGAUUGCUCAACCGGACAAUCAAGAGCUGUCGUCCUGAUUGCUGUUCGUCAGGCACAGCUUUUCACUGAGCAAAAUGUCGACAACGACAGAAAAUGGGAUGGGGGCUCCCACGAGCACAAGCAGAGAGAAAACAUACAAGAAGACCACGUCAUCAGCCUUGAAGGGAGCCAUUCAGCUCGGCAUUGGCUACACAGUGGGCAACCUCACCUCCAAGCCUGACAGAGACGUGCUUAUGCAAGACUUCUACGUGGUGGAGAGUGUCUUUCUGCCCAGCGAGGGAAGCAACUUGACCCCAGCGCAUCAUUAUCCCGAUUUCCGCUUCAAGACGUACGCCCCUCUGGCCUUCCGCUACUUCAGAGAUCUCUUCGGGAUCAAGCCAGACGACUACCUGUACUCCCUGGUUAAUGAGCCUCUGAUUGAGCUGACCAACCCGGGGGCCAGCGGCUCUCUCUUCUACCUGACCAGCGAUGAUGAGUUCAUCAUUAAAACUGUCCAGCACAAAGAGGCCAAAUUUCUCCAGAGACUGCUACCUGGAUACUACAUGAACUUGAACCAGAACCCACGCACGCUGCUGCCUAAGUUUUACGGCCUGUACUGCAUCCAGUCCGGAGGCAUCAACAUCCGACUGGUGGUGAUGAACAACGUGCUGCCUCGCUCCGUCAAAAUGCACUACAAAUACGACCUGAAAGGAUCCACCUACAAGAGGCGAGCGUCCAGGAAAGAGAGAGAGAAAGCGUGUCCGACCUACAAAGACCUGGACUUCCAGGACAUGCACGAGGAGGGGCUCCACUUUGACGCAGAGACGUACGCCAACCUGAUGAAGACUCUGCAGAGGGACUGCCGGGUGCUAGAGAGCUUUAAGAUCAUGGACUACAGUCUGCUCCUGGGUGUGCACGUCUUAGACCAGAGUCACAGAGAAGGGUACGAGUCGGGCCAGGCGGGGUGCGACGGCAGGAGGCCUGUGGGUCAGAGGGUGCUUUACUCCACCGCCAUGGAGUCCAUCCAAGGAGACGGGAAGGCUGCUGAAGCCCUCACCACAGACGACACGAUGGGUGGGAUCCCUGCCAAAACACACAAAGAAGAAAAGCUGCUCAUCUUCCUGGGUAUCAUAGAUAUUCUGCAGUCAUACAGAUUCAUUAAGAAGUUGGAACACUCGUGGAAAGCCCUGGUGUACGAUGGGGACUCUGUCUCGGUCCACCGGCCCGGGUUUUACGCCAGCCGCUUCCUCAAGUUCAUGAGCACGCGGGUCUUCAGGAAGACUCAGCCACUUCGAUUCUCCCCUUCAAAGAGGACUCGCACUUCCAUCCCCGCUCUGAAGUCGUCCUCACAGGAGAUCCUUUCAUCGCAGGCAGAUGAGAGGUACGAAGAGGACAGGAGGGAUCGGCUGGGAGGGGCCCGCAGUCUGGCCAGUCUGGACGGACAAGCUGUGUUUGCCUCGUAUCUGCGGCCCGACCUGGUCCCCGCCAACCCGUCCUUCUACGAGGGCUCCUCCAUGGGAACAAUCUCCACCUCCUCCAUCUUUGUAAACGUGGAAAAUCAAACAGAAGACAGGGAAGACGCCGGAUCCAGCUCCACGUUCACCCUGGAGGACAGCGCUAUCUGCCUCACCUCCGAGCAGAGCACCAUGGAUGUGGACAUAGAUCGUGAUGACGGAUCUGUUCUUGAUGUCUACUUGUGAAAAUAACAGCGUUACAAGAUUCAUUUUCUCCUGCCCAGCAUAAGACAAUCGCCACACUCCAUUGGACAGGCCAGUCUGGCGUUUGUCUCCACUUUCAGUGCUGCUAGAACCAUGUUGCCACUUGUAUUUGCCAACACAUGAAAAUACUGAGAUUCCCACUGGUUGACGGACUAAAAGGAAACCCCCAGCAAAGUCACACAGAUGGACACUGUAGGAACCAAUGUGACGUAACGUGUAACGUGCUCAACAUCAAGCUGAAACGAGUGUUGCUUUUUAGAGCAUGCAUCAACGCAGCGCCUUUAUGUUUUAUAAAUGUAUACUGUUUUCAUGACCUACACAAAAAGGACCGUGGAGAGAGGGAGGGUAGAUACAUGCAAUUCUUUAAAUUUUUUUUCUGCUGAUCCGAAGUAAAAUAAGAGACACUCGGCUGCAACAUUUGCAGCUGACGAGAAAUGUUUACAUUGAACAUCUACGGCGGUAUCCCGGUCCCAGAUGAAGAGGAGCAGCGUCACAACAGAGGACACAAGCCAGCUCGUGGCCGCAGCCGACACGGACGAGGGGAGUGCUCACGUGACCGGGCUCGAAUCUGGAGCCAACCAGGCCACAGAGACUCUGGUGUGGUUAGAGCGGCCAACUUUUCCUUACUGGGCUGUUAUUUGUGGCCCUGGCAAUGAGCUGCGAGAGUGAGAAAAGACAGUUACUGGAUCUUGGACGAAGCACAGAGCGGUGUGAUGAUGCACCGGCUCUUGACUUAAAGGCACUUUGGACAUUGGAUAUGACUUCUGUGAGAAAUAUUUUCCCUCUGAGGACGUUGCUUAGGUGGGUGGGCCACCUAAUGUAAACACAGAUUUGGAUGUGUGAACAUGCACUUUUGUUUUCUUUCUACUAUUCAAAUGCGCACCUCUGUCUAUCUGUCAUUGAUGCUACAUGUACGGGGACAAUGAAGGAACACUGUAGCGCGUUCUCGACGCGGAACUGCUAGUUUUAAGAGGUUUCUGUCACGACUGCUUUUCCUCAGGGUAUCUUUGAUACUGAAGAAAUGUGUCCUCCGCAAGACCUUACGAGACACGCGUCCAACACUACGAGCUGUCUGAUACCUCUCCCUCAAAGAUCAUAUCCAACUAUAAAUGUUCAAACAUAAUUUAUUGUGUAAAUCUCAAUAUUUUACCAUUUUGCUGAAAAAUCCUUUAAUCACUGACUGUAAAGACAAUGCAUAUUUAUAUAUAGAAGAGACUCCUAUAAAUAAACGGCUAAAAGAAACAAA